CAUUUCGCCCCAUGAAACCCCAAACCCUCGCCGGCCUCGCCACACCCGCCGCGUAGCACCGCACCAUCGCGCCACCCCCCCCUCGCCGUCGCCGGGGAACCCCGCCACCAAUCCCGCCCCGCCUCCUCCCGUCCACGCCCGCGCCCACUUGUCCGAUCCAGCCCUACACGAUGAACGGGGCAGCGGCGCCCGAGCCCACGGAGGCCCUGGCCCCGUCCCCCCAGGCGCCGCUCGACUGGAGGUUCUCGCAGGUCUUUGGCGAGCGUGGGGCCGGCGAGGACGUCCAGGAUGUUGACAUCAUCUCAGCAAUAGAGUUCAAUAAAUCAGGACAUCAUCUUGCCACUGGGGACAGAGGUGGCCGGGUUGUUUUGUUUGAAAGGACUGAUGUCAAAGAUCAUGUCCCUAGAAAAGAUGCUGAGAAAGCCGAUUAUUCUAUCAGCAGGCAUCCUGAAUUUCGUUACAAAACCGAGUUUCAAAGCCAUGAACCAGAGUUUGAUUACCUUAAAAGCUUGGAAAUUGAAGAGAAGAUUAACAAGAUAAAGUGGUGCCAAGAAACGAAUGGUGCAUCGUUUCUUCUGUCCACAAAUGACAAAACGAUAAAGUUUUGGAAGGUCCAAGAAAAGAAGGUUAAAAAAAUAUGUGAGAUGAAUAUGAACCCUUCAAAUGCUCCUGCAAAUGGUAGCCCUGCUGGCAGUACUAUGUGUGGUUCAAGCGCAUGUAUUCCAAAUGGUGGAAUCUUGAAGCCUGCUGGACUUCCUUUACUUCGCCUGCCUGUGGUAGUUACAAGCCAGGAAACAAGUCUCGCUGCAAAUUGCCGUAGAGUCUAUGCUCACGCACAUGACUACCAUAUCAAUUCCAUUUCAAAUAACAGUGAUGGUGAGACAUUUAUAUCAGCAGAUGAUUUGCGGAUAAAUCUUUGGAAUUUGGAAAUCAGCAAUCAAAGUUUCAACAUUGUUGAUGUUAAACCAACGAACAUGGAGGAUCUCACCGAGGUUAUAACAUCUGCGGAGUUCCACCCUUCUCACUGUAAUACGCUGGCAUAUAGCAGCUCAAAGGGCUCCAUUCGACUCGUUGACCUGCGGCAAUCAGCUCUUUGCGAUACCCAUUCCAAACUCUUUGAGCAGCAUGAGGCCCCAGGUUCAAGAUCCUUUUUUACUGAGAUUAUAGCCUCAAUUUCUGACAUAAAGUUCUCCAUGGAUGGGAGACAUAUUCUGAGUCGUGACUACAUGACUCUGAAGCUAUGGGAUGUUAAUAUGGAUUCUGGUCCAGUUGCAACGUUCCAGGUUCACGAGUACCUAAGGCCUAAGCUGUGUGAUUUAUAUGAAAAUGACUCGAUUUUUGACAAAUUUGAAUGCUGUCAAAGUGGUGAUGGGUUGCGAGUAGCAACUGGUUCUUACAGCAAUAUUUUCCGGGUGUUCAAUUGCGGUGCUGGUGGCAGUGAAGUGACCACGCUUGAAGCAACUCGAAACCCCACAAGAAGGCAGAUCCAGAAUCCCGCACGGCCGGCGAGAUCUCUAAGUAGUCUGACAAGGGUUGUUAGACGAGGUGCAGAGAACACCGGAAUAGAUGCGAAUGGGAACUCCUACGACUUGAGCACAAAACUGCUGCAUUUGGCAUGGCACCCAUCCGAAAAUUUAAUUGCCUGUGCUGCAGCCAACAGCUUGUACAUGUACUAUGCGUAAAACACGGGAAAGGAGCGAAGGGACAGUAUUUUUUGGUAGCUGCUCCCGGCGAGAAGAGGAGUUAUAUUAUCCUUGGUACGGCAAAUCAGGGAGAUGGUAUAUUUUGGGCCAGUCACAUGCUGUUCUUUUGAGUUCCAUAUAGAGCUGUCCAAGAGUCCAAGAGGAAGUGACUGGAUCAUUCCCGGGAAGCAGCUUGAUUCUGAUAAAUUUUUUAUUUUAUAGGGGAAAUGGCCUGUCUUUCCCCUAUAGGUUCAUUUAGGUUUAAGAUAAGAUUCUGGUUCGCCAUUUGAAAGGAACAAAACUUCUGGGCAUCUCCAGUAGAUGAUAAGGGGAUGACCUGCCGUUGUGAUGGAAUCGUGGGCUUGUAACACCAGGGGCAUUCAUGUUUUUGAUAAUUUUCUAUUUCAAUAGUGAACUUUCUCAUUCCUCCGA